CCGCGGCUGGAGAGUUUGGACUGGCGGCGGCUGAGCGCCAUCGACGUGGACAAGGUGGCGGGAGCCGUGGACGUGCUGACACUGCAGGAGAACAUCAUGAACAUCACCUUCUGCAAGCUGGAGGAUGAGAAGUGCCCGCACUGCCAGUCGGGGGUGGACCCGGUGCUGCUGAAGCUCAUCCGCCUGGCGCAGCUCACCAUUGAGUACCUGCUACACUCGCAGGAGUUCCUCACCUCGCAGCUGCACUCCCUGGAGGAGCGGCUGCGCCUGAGCCUGAGCGACUGCGAGCAGAGCAAGAAGAUGCUCACCAAGCAGGCGGGGGAGAUCAAGCUCCUCAAGGAAGAGUGCAAGCGCAGGAAGAAGAUGAUCUCCACCCAGCAGCUCAUGAUCGAGGCCAAAGCCAGCUAUUACCAGUGCCAUUUUUGUGACAAGGCCUUUAUGAACCAAGCUUUUCUACAAAGUCACAUUCAACGCCGCCACCCUGAAGAUUCUCACCUGGAGUAUAAGAAACAAGCACAGACGGAUAAACUCCAGAGUGAGAUCGACAUGUUGAAGGAACAGCUGCAACUCACCAAGUCUCAGUUGGAGGCGGCACAGCAUGCCCAUGCGGUCAGAUUCUCAAAGGAAUAUGAACUGCAGAAAACAAAAGAGGAAGAAUUUCUGAAGUCAUUUGAUAGAUGGAAGGAAGAAGAAAAGGAGAAGCUAGUUGAUGAAAUGGAAAAAGUCAAGGAGAUGUUUAUGAAGGAGUUUAAAGAAUUAACUUCCAAGAAUUCAUCCUUAGAAUAUCAAUUGUCAGAAAUCCAGAAGUCCAAUAUGCAGAUCAAGUCCAACAUAGGCACAUUAAAAGAUGCACAUGAGUUUAAAGAAGACCGUCCUCCAUAUCCCCAGGAUUUCCAGAAUGUGAUGCAGCUUCUCGAUAGUCAGGAAAGCAAGUGGACAGCUCGAGUUCAAGCUCUUCAACAAGAACAUGAGAAAGAGAAGAAUCAGCUUCAGUUACAUAUAGACAAACUUCGAGCCUCCAUAAUAGACGAUCUAAAUACAAGUAAUGUUUUCUACAAGAAAAGGAUGGAAGAGCUAGGGCAGAGGCUGCAGGAGAAGAAUGAGCUGAUAAUUACUCAGAGACGGCAGAUUAAAGAAUUUACCAGUAAACCAGUAAAUGGUGUCGGUGAACCCAAAGGGAAUCCUUCAGCCUGGCAGGCUUUUGAAUCUAAGCCAGCUGCCCCAGUUGUACCCACCAGCGCCCCAGUCCCACAGUCUUUGGAAGCUAAAUCAUGUCUAACGAUGGCACACGACCAGGCAUUCCCGUCGCACAUACUGGAACCAAUAGAAGAACUUUCAGAGGAAGAAAAAGGAAGGGAAAAUGAACAAAAAUUAAAUAACAGCAAGGUGCAUUUAAGGAAAGUUUUGAAGAGCAAUCCUUCCCUCACUAAGGAAAUAAGAACAGUCUUGGAGCAGAGCCUGGUGGAAAAAUUGGAAACUUUGGGAAUUAAUGCAGAUAUCCGUGGUAUUCCAAGUGAUCACAUGAGUAGAGUGCUAAGAACUGUGGAAUCAGCAAGACGUGAGCGAGAAAGGCAGAUGCCUAACAUUCAGCAAAUUCGAGAAUUCCUGGAACACCAGGUCAGCUGCAAAAUUGAGGAGAAAACAUUACUCUCUUCAGAUAAGUACAGUAUUUCUCAGAUGGACGCCCUUUCAACUGGAGAAGUACCCAAAGCCAUACGGCAUCCUUCCAAAAGCAAACAAUUGGUUAGACAAAGACCUGUUUUUACUGAUAAGAUAUCUGUUCCAAAAAGUAAGAAAAACAUAGAAGAUCUUUUCCCCAAAAAGUCUUCAAGUAUUACGACCCCGCCCUUCAGUUCAGAGGAGGAGCUAGACGAAGACGACUUCAUCCAGGCCUACACGUCCCCGGACCUGCUUCUUGUACCACCCUCUAAAAGCAGCAAGAACGGCUGUGGAAAGAGCGCUGCCAAACAGGACGCAGACUGGACUGAGGGAAGUGAAAUCAGGGACUUUGAUGUCCCCCCCAAGCCCACAGGAACCUCCAUUAAAACCAUAACUGAGAAAGUUGAAAAGAUGGCUGCACAUCACAGAAACGUGAAUAAACCAGUUGGUGGGAUUAAUGUCACUGAGGCAUUUAUCAAAAAAGAAGUCCAAGAAGAUUUAAAGUGUGCAGACGUGGAUGACGACGACUGGGACAUCUCGUCCUUGGAGGAAGAGAAAAAACCUGGGAAAGAACAGAAGGAAACUCCACCUGUGAAGAAUGAGUCACAUCCCACUCAAGUGCCAAAUGCCUGGGGAGCGUCUAAUCCCAAGGGGUCAAAGGGAGAAGGACUUCAAGACAUUGAGUCGAGCACAUUAAAAAGCAGCUUAAUAACUGUGACAGACUGGAGCGACUCCUCAGACGUAUAGUUCCAAGUUCACAUGGUGGAAGAUUCUUCCAGAAGCCAACAGCAUCUCCGUAUCACAGUGUUUCAGUAACCUGCCCCAAUGGUUCUGGGGCUCCUGCCUUAGAGCACUUUCCAGGCAGUAAGGAGCCCAUUUAAAGAACAAGGGUCUCAAACGGUGCUUGACCCAGUCUUGAAAAACAAUGUGUCAACAGUAUUUUGAAGCAUUUAAAUAGGUGUUUAAGACUUCUGCUGCUUAAAAAUAACAUGUUAUCAAAGUCAUAAAAAGUUAUUCUUCAGAAUGGUACUCUAGUGUUAAGUGUAUUUUUUUUUAACUUACAGGUUUUGGUUUGAAUUAUUAAAA